GGCGAGGUCCUCCCGACCGGAUCGAUGGCGAACACUCCGAUUCCUUCCGAGGCAAGCAUGGCUGUGUUAUGUUUCGAAUUUGGGGCGUGACACAAACAGUUGGGCUAGUAUUCAAGUCGGGCCACUCAAGUGGACUGGACCCUAACCAAGCUGCUGCAGCGUCUCGAAAUGCCGGUGACAAUUCUAUUCCUCUCCUUUUCCUAUAUUCUAUCUUUUUCCCCAUCAGUCUGGCCAUCUCCUGAAAGACGCCUCCGUGUAUGAAAUCUUGAGGAAGAUAUGCCAGUUCCUCUCCUUCCAAGUGCACCUACAAAUUGCAUUAAUAUCUCAUUCCAAACUAGCUAAGUUUAUUAGGAAUAUUCUCUUCUGCCUCCGGUUCAUCCAAAGAGAGAGCAUCGAGGACAUUCACCCUUUGAUCCCAAUUUUACAUUUAUUAGCCCUCCAAAUAGAUCAUAAGAAGGGGUGGCUAAGGAAAAGAUGAUUCAUCACCAUUUCCUUGGGGUAAAUGCAGAGGGACAACCCUCUAGAAACCACCUAACCUUCUAAUGCCGUCAUUUCCCUUUCAUUUGAAUUUUGUUCUAAGAUGAAGCCACAUAAAGAUCCUCAUGCUUUGUGGAGUUGCAUACUUCCACAAGGCAUGGUAGAACGGACAAAUAUAGUCCCCUUGGCUUUAGAAAUUUACAGGAGUUAAUGAAGAAAAUUGUUGAGCUCUCCGUCUUCCAACUUGGCCUGUCAUGGAUAUCUCCCAGCUGAAAUAGGUUUACAGUUUCCACAAAACUUUUCCACUCUUCAUGAAAAUAUAAGGGCCAUCUACUUCUAAUUAUUAACUAUACACACUUACCUAUAGAACAGGUAACAGACUCUACCGUUGAGGGUCUUGGAUAGUCCAACUCAUAGCACAAGAUCUCCAAUAAGCUGAAUUGCCAUAAAAACAGUGGCAUGCUAAAUAUAACUUAUGGCAACAUCCAUGUAAAAAAAAUAUAAGGAUUGAAUAAAGGUCUUAUCCCCCUUAUUUCCUUGAUAUGAGAAAAUUAUGUAGCUACAAUCAACCUAAGUUUAUAUGAUUUUUUUUGUUUUAUUUUGAGACUCCUUGAGCCUGACUUUCCCAAAAGAAAAGGCCUUUUCUUCGAGGAAAAUGAAUAUCAUGUCAUGUUUUUAAUUCUAGUAUCUUCUCUUAUAUUUCUUAAAUUUUAAAUUACUGGCUAACCACUAACCUCCACUUGAACGCAUCCUAGCUCUCAGAAGCAACAACAUAGAAAGACCCUUGAAUAAUUCUAGCAUUUUCAUCCACAAGGACUUGCGCAGCCCGUGAGCAAGCAAGUCUUGUCCACUGAUGCAGCAAUCUCAACAUUAAAUUGGAUGUGGAUGGAUGAACUACCCAAGGGUUUCUACUUUUUAUCCUCCACUGGAAUAGUUCUAGCAUUUUCAUCCCAAUUCUUCUCCAAAUGGAGCGAAAACUAUCCUUACUUUUGGUGAUACGUCUGCUUACAGGAAUCGCAGCAACCAAAUAUGAUGAAUUCACAUACAAUGGAUUCCAAAGGAGUGAGUUGUACCUUGAUGGCAUAGCAGAGAUCAUACCCAAAGGCCUUCUGAGAUUAACCAACACUACAAACAACCAGCAAGGACAUGCAUUCCACAAAGUGCCACUGCAUUUGAAGAACACCAUAGAUGGUAAUGUUUACUCUUUCUCUACUUGCUUUGUUUUUGCAAUACUCACCGAAUAUCCAGAUGUGGGUGGUGGUGGAUUUGCACUUGUGCUCUCUCCAACCAGGGGGCUCCCUGGGGCUAUGCCCAAACAAUACUUUGGUCUUUUCAACUCUACCAAUGAAGGCAAUUCAUCAAAUCAUGUCCUUGCUAUUGAGCUAGACACCAUCUCCAAUCUGGAGUUUGGAGAUAUUGAUAGCAACCAUGUCGGAAUUGAUGUCAAUGGAUUGAGGUCGACAGACGCCGCGCCGGCAUCAUAUUUUGUUGAGAAAAUUGACAAGUUUAACAACCUCAGCCUUACAAGCGGGGAACUAAUGCAGGUAUGGGUAGAUUAUAGCAAUCCAGAGAAGAAGCUAAAUGUCACAAUAUCCCCCAUCAGUGUGCCCAAACCAAGCCGUCCGUUGUUGUCUUCUUCCAUUAAUCUCUCCUCGGUAAUAUUAGAUACCAUGUAUAUUGGCUUCUCUUCUUCUACAGGCUCCAUUCUAACAUCCGCUUAUGUUCUGGGUUGGAGCUUUAAGAUGAAUGGGCAGGCGGCUGCCCUCGACCUGUCCAGCCUUCCUUCACUUCCUUUGAAAAAGCAUAGAAGAAAGCUAACGUCUCUGAUAAUUUGGCUGUCCUUAGGAGUAGUGGUGUUCAUGACUAUAACCGCCUGCAGUAUUGCUUACAUAAUAAGAAGAAAGGCAAGAUAUGCUGAAGUUCUUGAAGAGUGGGAGCAAGAGAACAGAACUCAUAGAUUCUCAUAUAAAGAACUAUUCAAGGCUACCAAAGGCUUUCCUGAGAAAAAUCUUCUGGGAGUCGGCGGUUUUGGAAGAGUUUACAAAGGCAAGCUGCCCACCUCUAAAACCGAAAUUGCAGUGAAGAGGAUAUCUCAUGAUUCUAAGCAAGGAAUGAGGGAGUUUGUUGGGGAGAUUGCGAGUAACAGUCAGCUCCGUCACCGCAAUUUGGUCCGACUUCUUGGUUAUAGCCGUAGGAAAGGGGAAGUCCUUUUGGUCUACGAGUUCAUGCCUAAUGGAAGUCUUGACAAGUUCCUCUAUGACGCAAACAAGCCAACGACCCUUAGCUGGAGUCAGAGACUAAAAAUUAUCAGAGGUGUGGCUUCAGGUUUGCUCUACCUGCAUGAAGAGUGGGAGCAGAUUGUUCUACACAGAGAUAUAAAAGCAAGCAAUGUCUUGCUGGACAGUGAAAUGAAUGGAAAAUUGGGAGACUUUGGACUAUCAAGAUUGUAUGAUCAUGAUAGCGAUCCCCAAAUCACUCGUGUGGUAGGAACUUUCGGUUAUAUAGCUCCAGAGCUCACUAAAACAGGCAGGGCAACUACAAGCACUGAUGUCUUCGCCUUCGGGGUUUUCGUACUUGAGGUUAUCUGUGGAAGGAGGCCAAUAAUGCAACAAGAAUCACUGGACCUUCAUUUGGUGGACUGGGUGUGGAGGAGUUGGAGGAAUGGAGUAAUUCUAGAGGUUCCAGAUGCAAGACUGGGAGGUGAUUACCAUCUGGGGGAAUUGGAAAUGAUCUUAAAGAUGGGAUUGCUUUGUUCACAUCCUGUGCCUGCAGCAAGACCAACCAUGCGCCAAGUGAUGCAGUUCUUGGAUGGUGAUCUUUCACUGCCGCAAAUACCCAAGGAUGGGAAGGGCAUCACUAUUUCAUCACCAGAGCAUGCUGAAGAAUUAGAAUAAGCAUAAUUUCAUAAGUUUCACUUGUAAACUGUUCCAUCCACUGAGAAAGAGCCCAUCCUCUUUGAAGGUUGUUGAUUUUCUUGAAUUCAGGUAACUAGUGGAAUUUGAAUGUGAGUGCUAUAUUUCGUCAUUUCCUCUCUUCCAACUUCACUGAGAGACCAAAAAUAACAUCCAAUUAAGUGGUCAUAUCCAUCCUUUA